AUGUCUAUACGACCAUUGCCUUCAGAUGUAAUAGCACAAAUAAAAUCCUCUUCAACCAUUACCAGCCUUAAUGGUGUCAUCUUUGAGCUUGUUAAGAAUUGUUUGGAUGCUUGUUGCUCCAGGAUCGAUAUUGAUGUAGAUUAUAGUCGUGGAAGUUGUACAGUAGAGGACAAUGGACUUGGUAUAUCGCCAUCAGAAUUCGGGGAGAAUGGAGGCUUGGGAAAGCUCUACCAUUCUUCGAAGCUGAACACGUCGAAUCCAACUCAUGGGGGCUACGGAACGUUCAUUGCCUCAUUAUCUGCUUUAUCCUUACUCUCAAUUACUUCGCAUCACCAUCUGCAUCACUCGCACAAUUCAAUAAAUAUGCAUAGAUCCGUAAUUGUGUCACGUCAAACCCCAGCCCCCGAUCAACAUCAUCUUGCUUCUUUUGAACAUGGUACACGUGUUACUGUCCGAAAUCUGUUCGGCAGUAUGCCAGUCCGCGUAAAGCAGAGAGCGAUUGCCUCUGGAAACCGGCAGGUUAUUGCUCGGAUGUGGGAUGGUCUACGUAGAGACAUUGUCUCGCUGUUGCUCGCAUGGCCAAAAAAUAUCUCAUUGUCUAUAAAGGAAAAUGGUACAGACCAGAAAUUUAUCAUCCGAAGGUCUCUUGCAACAUCUGAAUGGCGCCCAGUUGGUAGUGUUGAUCUGUUUAAUACUUGCAGUAUACUCUCCAAAGCCUCAUAUAUCGCAAUUGAUGAAAAGUCGUCCUGGAUACCUGUAAGUGGUUCUACGUCAAACUUGAUUGUAAAUGGCGCGAUUUCUUUGAUCCCAAAUGCGACCAAACACAUCCAGUUUCUAGCAUUUGGAAUAGAACCUUUGAUUUCUCAAGACAACUGCAAUUUCCUUUACGAAGAAAUUAAUCGGUGGUUCCUUAAUUCUUCGUUCGGAAAUCAAGAAGAGGCAUAUGAGCUUGAUGAAGUUGAACUGAAAAGGAGAUCCAAGGACCGAAGGUAUAAGGGUGAUGGAUACACCGACAAAGAGCUCAAAGGUGGGAGGAAGAGUGUUGAUCGAUGGCCAAUGUUUUACAUCAAUGUUCACAAAGUCGAUCAACCAAAGCAUGCGAGAUUGAAUCUUGACGAAGUGUUAGACGAGAAGCGAAAUACUCUCGAUAAGAUUCUGGAAUUUUUACAGGCGAUUAUCCUAGAAUUCUUGACCAUGAAUCAUUUUCGGCCGAAACUUGCACCCGAGAAUCGCAUUAAGAGAUUAGAAUUAGCCACUUCAUUGACAAAUUCGGAAAUUCUGGAGCAAAGUGGACCAACCAAGACCAACCAAUCUUGUCAAGAUACGAACACCAUCUCAACUACGUCUGAGCAUUACAAUAAUGGCGACGAGAUCCAAAGCCAAAAAAGAGCAAGAAUAGACACGCUGGGAACGAAAGUAAAGCUUCCUUCUUUUCGUCAGUCGCGUUUCGCGUUUGAUUCCCCUUUUGAGUCUUGGUCAAAAAUAAAAAAAGGGAUUGAACAACCACAUAGAAAGUUUACAGAUACGCCAGAAAGCUUUAGUACACCGGCACAAGUUAGCUCGGAAGUGGAGGUGCGAGCAGCAACACCUUUGGUUUCCAAAUCAGGACAAUUGACUCGAUGUCCUUUCGAAGAAAGUCAAACUCCAGUCUCCAAAGCAACGUCAUUCACUAAUAACGCGCAAGAAUCAGAUGCGAGUAGAGAUGAAUUGGUUGUAUGGGUCAAUCCUUCAAACAAGGUCAAAUCUCUAGUAAAUAGGCGAACGGGCCUUGUAGUAUCUGAAAAGAAAGAGGACAGAAAGGACGGGAAACAACUUAUUUCCAAUUCAUCUUCUCGUUUGACUGCGACCAAAAAGUCUCUCGCAAGCGAUAGACAGCCAAUUCCAUGGAUCGAUGACAUUCUGAAUAGGUGGGAAAAUCCAGUUUUUGCUCCUGUUGAACCCUCAAUACCUCAAAUUUCAAUUGAUGGCUUGGAUCUGGAGACGCAAGAAAUUAUACAUGGCCGUCAUCAACACUGUUCACAAGUUGAAGUCGAGAAGGCAUUCAAAGAAACUUCGUCAGGACUUCAUGGGCGCAUCUCAAAAGAUGCUUUGAAAAAUGUAGAGAUCAUCUCACAAGUAGAUAAAAAGUUUAUUCUAGCCAACGUUCGAAGAAGAUCUGUGGCUGGAGAAGAUUCGAGUUCUCUUCUUGUGAUUAUCGAUCAGCACGCAGCGGACGAACGAAUUCGAAUAGAAAAUCUUUUGUCUGAUUUUCUUACAUACCCCACAGUCUCAAAUAUUCCAGCCUCAGCAUCAGUAUUCACUACUCCUCUUGAGAAGCCCAUCAGCUUUGAUAUCUCAACAAAAGAUUCUCAACUUUUUCGUACCUACAUGAAUCAUUUCUCCUAUUGGGGGAUCAUUUAUUCCGUUUCGUCGAUGGCUGCCAUUAUCACCGUCCAAUAUCUUCCACCUUUGAUAACGGCAAGACUUAUCGCAAAUCCAAACCUACUCCUUCAUAUUCUCCGUACAGAGCUUUACUCGUAUCAUGGUAAUCCAACGUCACAUCCUCCCAUCACCUCAGAAUCCACUUGGAUCGAGAGGAUCGCCCACAUCCCAAAAAGUAUCUUGGAGCUGUUGAGUAGCAGAGCUUGUAGGACUGCAAUUAUGUUUAAUGAUGAACUUGGUGUUGAUGAGUGCAGGGAGUUGGUUAGAAGAUUGUCAAAUUGCAAGUUUCCUUUCAUGUGUGCACAUGGGCGAGUGAGCAUGGUACCACUUGGGGACCUUGAGAUGAUGACAAAAAUGAGAGGAGGUGGUGAUCAUUCACAUUCAGUACGGUUUGAUCAGGGAAACAAAACUGGGAGUAGUGAUGGAGAGUUUGGUACUGAAUGGGGAAAAUGGUUGAGCCAGCGAAGAAAUACAUAA